AUGACAGAGUGUCCUACUUUCCCCUGUCUAAACUUUAGUAAAAAACAACAAGAAGAAUUGGCAUCAUCAAGUGAUGAUCUCAUUGAAAAAACCUUAAAAAUCUACGACAACUUCCAUAAUACUUCAAAACCCAUGGAAACGGCACUCAAUUGGAAACUUGUCCGACGACAAAAGUCUCUAAAUGUUUACAAAGAACGUAAUACUAAAAUCAAGUCAAAUGAAAAUCGACGAUAUCUCUGUAGUGGACUCAUGCCUGGCUCUAUUGAAGACAUGAUCGAUGGAGCGUAUGCGGAUGAUAUGGAAAGUAUGCGGAUUCGAUCCAGUAUUUUAAUGCACAUGUUUCUAGACGCUCGGAUUGUUCAGAUUUUUGAAAAAAAUCCAAUUACCAGCAGCGUCAUUUUCUCGGGAAUUAAAUGGAUGGCAUUGAAAACUGCCAUUGGUCCGUCUCUAAUUCAUGCUCGUGAUUUUCUCUAUUACAAUCGUCUUGGACGGAUUAUUGACACGCAAGGACGAUAUUUUGUCUAUUGUAUCAUGAAAUCGGUCGAAGUAGCGGAAUUACCACCCAAUCAAGACAAGAUGAAACGAGGAGUUAUCUCGUUGUGUUAUCUCUUUCGACAAUUUCAAGAAGAAUUGGUUGGUUGUUUUAUGAUUGGAACAUCUUCUAUGGGUGGCACGCUUCCACGGAGUGUCGUACAAGUGAUUAUGGUCGACCGAAUGCUCGCUGUACAAAAGUAUCUUGUUAUCGCUCGUGCUAAAGCAUAUUCUGCACGUAUUACCAACAGCACGGAUCAAAUUCCAUCAACUAGUAAUUCCUGUGACGUGUGUAUGAAGAAACCCACGAUGUUGCGUAGUUCAUUGAAACUCUGCAUGGGUUGUCGUCGGAAUACGUGCAGAAAAUGUCGUGAAUGGUGUACAGUCUUUCGACUUGAUAGUCGCACGCAGAAACCUGGCAAGGAGAGAUUUUGCACCCAAUGCAUUUCGGACGUGACACGGCCUACAAUGUCAAAUAUUUACAUGUGCAGUUUGCAAGACGAGUAUAUAAACAGCAGCACCCAUAAUCAAGACUCUUCUUCCGCCUCAAUGGAAUCAGGUCCAAAACAUAGCAGCAGUCCAUCGUCGUCUCGAUCACAGGAGAUUUUAAAUAUCGACCCAGACGCGUGGCUUUCAGCUUCUCCGGAUUUAGACAACCUUGCCAACUUCGUGGAACGAGCAAGUGUAGCCAAUUCGAAAGAUAUGCAGUGGAACCAGGGAGAACUCGAAUACUAUAUUGACAUUUUGCAAGAGUCCGGACACGUCAACGUUUCUCAAUGUAUGGAGCGCAAAAACAGUUGCAAUGACCGUCAACGAAUGCAGAGCUACAGGCAAGACUUUGACCCGCCGAGUCAUUACAAAGAUGCCUACGCUGAGGACGAAAGCUCUGUGUCCCAAGAUCGAGAUCAAAAAUUCUUUAGUGUCGAUGAUCUCGACUAA